UGUCGAAGUGUCACAUGAUGUUAACCGGAAGUAACACACGUCUGUCGUAGUUGUCCUCUAACGCUUUCUGUGGGAGUCAUAGUAAUCUUAAAUGCGUGGUUUGUACUGAAAACACACAGGUUCAGUCUGUAGGAGCAAGAAUCUGACUUUCUAUCAAUAGUAGACAUGAGUGUGACAGAAAUAGAGGAGUCUUUCCAGUUGCUGGAUAAAAAGCUGCUCCAGUUCAUGGACCAGCUGGAGUUACUAGAAGAGAAACGAGCCACUCUCAACUCCCUCAUUGAGCAGGGAUGGUUUUCCAUAUCCAAGGCACGGUAUUCAAUGGGAAACAAACAAGUCUCUGCACUGCAGUACGCAAGUGAGAUUGAGCCACAGGUUCAUGUCCAUACCAGAAAGCUGAGCAGUGAUGAGUCAGUGUUCUGCACAGAAAGACUAUCACAAAAUAAAGAGUCUGAUGUAGCAUCUGUGGAGGAUAUUGGUUCUGAAGAAGGCAUCAGGAGAAGGAACAAACCAAAGGAUUUUGGAGAGAAAGAGGCACAGCAAAAAACAAGUGGGGAGAAAGCUUCUAAAGUAACUCCAGGCAAAAGAAGUGAACAGAAUCCUGAUCAAGAUCCACUCAGAUGGUUUGGGAUCCUCGUGCCACAGUCGCUUAAACAAGCACAGAUGUCAUUUAAGCAAGUAAUAGACCUGGCCGCUGAGAUUGCAACGCUUCAGACUGCAGUUUUGAACACCAGGCAGCAGCUGAAGGACGACAUGAAAAACAAGCCCAUUCUCCAGAAGGAAGCCUCGGCAACUCAGCCAGACGGAGUGUCAGACUGAAAAACACAGCACUGUGUUCCGAUUCUGUGGCCCAUCCCUCAGGCUCUAAUGGACCUCACAAUGUUCCUUCUUGACAGUGAAGAUUACAGAUAUAGCAGCUUUUACUGCAUUAUAUCUUGAUAAUAGAUUGUAUUUGAUCCUGUGACUGAAUACUGUGCAUUCUGUUUAGUUAUGAAUGCUGUCUUUGUGAACUCUCUGCAUAAUGAAAUAAAUUAUAAUUGUGUUUCAACAA